AUGGCGAUGACACGAUGGUGCGAGGACGAUGAAGAUAUGUUCACUAUCGCUCCAUCGUGCUAUCGCACCAUCGUCAUCGCAUUUUUGUACAUCAUCUUGUUCCUGGGUCUCGUCAUAGCAGCCACAGGUUUAUUGGGAUGUCUCGGUGGCAUAUCGAGGAGCAUUUGUCUACUCAAAUGUUACACAGGGUUCAUGGUCGCUUUCAUUUUCAUUGAGGUUGCCAUAGCGAUUGGCGCGUACACACAACAAGACCAGAUCCCUUCGUUAAUCACCUCGACAUGGCCCAAGUUGAACAAUGAUACCAAGUUCACUCUACAGGCAGGGCUGGAGUGUUGUGGUGUUAAUAAUUACACAGAGUACGGAUUUGAGUUGGCCGACAUUCCACAGAGCUGCUUCAAGGUUUACGACACACUGACUGUCCACACUAAGUCGUGGACCCUGCUCUUCCAGACGCCAUGUCUCCAGCAGAUAGAGAACUGGUUCAGUGCUAAUUUACCCAUCUGGGUGACCAUCCUGAUCCUGAUAUGCAUUGUACAGUUUGUUAGUAUGGGGUUAGGAAUAACCGUCAUUGUGAAGAUAGAGGAACAAACGAAGGUUCAUCCCGCGCCCGACCCUCCUGACGAGGAGCAGCCACCAGAUGGCGCUACCAUUGUUUGUUCAGAAUCGCUUCAUCCAGAAUCUUCACACAUCAGUGAAUUCUCUGAUCAGUUAUCUCUAUCCUCGGCGUCCGGGGACACGACAGCCAGGAAACUGUCCGAAGUUCCGGAAGAGGAGGAAGACCGCCUAUCCUCUGGCGUGGUGUGCUGUAAUUCUAAGGACGACCUUGACGCCAGUACAACAGGGGAUCACGUGGAAAUUGAAGAUCACAUGGGUACUGGAGAUCACGUGGCUACUUCAGAAGAUCACGUGGAAGCAGACAAGGUUGAUGCAGCAUCUGAAGGAGCUGGAGCACUGAAUGAAGAAGUGAUUACAGUAGGUGAAAAUGAAAACGGAAAUGUAGAUAAUGAUCCUAAAGAGGCUGCUUUACUUGUAUUCUACGACGAAAACACAAAGCAGUAUGAAAAUCAGAAAUCACCAACAUUCAAUGAAUCGAGGAAUGAAGUCGAUCCCGAGCCCGGUCUCGUAGCAACCCAGGGUAAUACUGAAGGCGCCACAAAUCAACAGGAAGACAGCAUUCACGGUAAUCAGGAGACCGGCCCUGAAAAACUGAACGAAUCUACACAUCUUCAGAGUACAGACAGCAAGGCUGAUAGACAAUCGCUGCUUGAGGAAUAUCAACAUAAUCUAGAAGAUAUAGACAAGAGCAAUCUUCAGAAAGACGCAUCUGUCAACGAAAUGGUUAGCUCAAAGGAUGGAUAG